CUGCAGUUUAGAUAGUUGACCUAAGAUGGAGGGAUAUAACUAGAACCUGCUUUUGCUCCAGCGGGAUGGAUACCAUCUUGAGUUUGAUGAGGGUCUGUUGUCUGUACCAAGCUGGCCAACCAGCUGGACAUGGUUUUGCCAGCAUGGUUGCCAGCUCAACCAUCUUGUUGCCUGCUUGAUCAUUUCCAAACCAGCUUCAAACCAGCUGGACCAGCUUAAAACUAAGCUGGAAUUUGCCACUAGGUUAGGCGUACUGUGGCCGCAUAUAUAAACGUUUAGAACUGAGCAGCUUAGCCAGAAUUUCCAGCUUCCAGCGGUUGACGUUCCACGUUAGGCAGGCGCGCGUCGCUGCCGCAGUUUCCGUGAAUUUCGCCUGUCUGCCCGAGGGACGGCGUCCAGGAAGGGCUGUAGAAAUGUCGCUGCAAUUCAGUGACGAACAGUUUCAGGAGGCUUGGAAAGAGCUGGACGACCCCCAGGUGGAAGGAUGGGAGCUGUUUACAGAAACCAUGGGGGUUAAAAUCUAUCGGCAGCAUAACAAGGAAACUGGUCUUUAUGAGUACAAAGUCUUCGGCGUUCUUCCCUCCUGCGGUCCGGAGCUGUGUACCGAGGUCUACAUGGACUUGGCCUAUCGGAAGAAAUGGGACGGUUAUGUCAAAGAGCUGUACGAGAAAGACUGUGAUGGACAGACAGCCAUUUACUGGGAGGUGAAGUACCCAUUCCCUCUGUCAAACAGAGACUACGUAUACGUGAGGGAGAGGAGGGAGCUGGAGCCGGAUGGGAGGAAGAUCUGGGUGGUUCUGGCCCAGAGCAGCUCGGUCUCGCAGUGUCCAGAGAAGAGUGGAGUCCUGAGGGUCCAGGACUACAAGCAGUGUGUGGCCAUGGAGAGCGACAAGGCCUCUGGAACCAAAAUGUUCAUGAAUUACUUUGAUAACCCAGGUGGGAUGAUACCAACAUGGCUGAUAAACUGGGCGGCCAAGACGGGUGUGCCUGGGUUCAUCGCUGACUUGCAGAAGGCCUGCAAAAAUUACCCAGAGUACUGCAGGACGUGCCAGAAAUGAUGGCACAGAGGUCAGCGCGGGGUCAGGAGAGCUGCCUCGUCCCCUCCUCUUCCUCCUCACUGCGCAGCGUACUGUAAACUUACUGUAAGGAGCAGGUAAACUCUAGGCAUUCUGGGAUUGCGGAACUCUGGGGUGUAAGGGUGUGUCCGCGGUGGGACAGUGUUGAGGUGGAUUCCUCAGUGCUGGCGGGUUUGGUGAUCUGUAGCUUUGCUUUGCUCCUCGGCUGGGUGAGGAGCUUUAGAACAGUCUUUUCAACUGAAGUAUCGUUAACCAAUAUGUCAUCUUUGUUUUAAUCUGUUUCUCUCACGAUCAGAGGUAAUGAGAGGUGAGGGAAAGGGACAGAUUGAAAAAAAGAGAAAUUAAAAGAUGUGCCUUCAUUUCAAAUAAUUGACCUGGUCACAUCCAGAGGUGCUUCACUUCUGGGGCUCCCUGGUCGUGGGGGAGACCAGGUUGCUGAUUCCACUCGUCACAGAAAUGAGAUGCUUUGUGAACGCCAACCCCAAAUUAUCAACCCCAAAACAUCUGGAGCUAUGAACCCUAAAUCAUCCAGAUUUGUCAACCCCAAAACAUCCGGAGCCAGCAACCCCGAAUCGUCCAGAGUUAUCAACCCCAAAAUGUCCGGAGCUAGAACAAUCAAUGACUGACUGAUUUAAACAGGAAGUCAUAAGGCAUUACACAGUCAUGAUACUUUGCAAUGAAGAGCAGUGUCUUUUUAUUGGUUGAAAUAGGUCUGUGAUUGACAGCUUGACAGCAAUAGGCUGCCAUUCAUCGACCUGUUCCAGCCAAUCGGAACCAUCUGCUUUCCACAGUAGAGCAUGAUUGUGUUGCAUCAGUGAUCAGUGCAAUACUUGAAUGAGAGGAAAAUCAGACUUGAUUUGUAAGAGGUAGCGGUCCAAUGGAAACGCUGCCUCAGCACUGCAUGCUAGAUCCUCCACCAAUCAGUAAAGAGAUGAUCACAUGACCCAACAUGUGUCCUGUCUGCUGUACUUGUUAAUCCACCGAGAUGCUCUUCCUUGGUGUUUAAGCAUUCUCCUGUGUUAUUUGUAAAGAACCGUAGCAUGUGGGGUUUGUGUGUUACACGUCUUCCUCUGGCUUGGUAACUCUAGUUCUUACCUUGCUGUUUUUAAUAAGGGGUGGGAUCUUACUGUUAUGCUUUCUUCUGGAAUGUAUUAAAUGAAUAACACUGGCACCAUUUUGCCCCUGGAUUUAUUCCAGUUCUAAUGCUAUAUUGUUACAAAUGACAAAUUCUACAUGCCUGUCUUUUUCUGGUGCUGCGAUUCAUGUGGGAAAAUGUCAUUUCUGUUCUACAAAUGGAAAAAUGAAUGAUUACAAACCUCAUUAAAAAAUAUUAACCUUGCAAAAAA